AUGACGGCGAGCACUUUUCUCCUGCUCUUCACCCUGUCUCUCACAAGUAGCAGGGCAGAGAAUGCAGAGGAGCGGCUGGUGAACUACCUGUUGGGACCGGAGCGCUACAACAAACUGAUCAGACCAGCGGUCAACAAGACCCAGCAGGUCACCAUCUCCUUACAGGUGUCUCUGUCGCAGCUUAUCAACGUAAAUGAGAGAGAGCAGAUAAUGACGACCAACUUGUGGCUGUGUCAGGAAUGGAACGACUACAGGCUGAGAUGGGAACCAGAAAAAUAUGAAGGCAUCAAGAAACUACGAAUUCCAUCCAAACUCAUCUGGCUUCCUGAUAUAGUGCUCUACAACAAUGCCGAUGGUGUCUAUGAGGUCUCCUUCUAUUGCAACGUGGUGGUCUCCAACACAGGGGACAUUUUUUGGCUCCCGCCGGCAAUCUACAAAUCGGCCUGUGCCAUCGAGGUGCAGAACUUCCCCUUCGACCAGCAGAACUGCACUCUCAAGUUCCGCUCCUGGACCUACGACCACACGGAGCUGGACCUAAUCCUCACCAGUGACUAUGCCAGUCGCGACGACUUCACGCCCAGUGGAGAGUGGGACAUCGUGUCGCUGCCGGCACGCAAAAACGAGGACCCGAACGAUAUCACCUACCUGGACAUCACCUACGACUUUGUCAUCCAGAGGAAGCCGCUGUUUUAUACCAUCAAUCUCAUCAUCCCGUGUGUGCUGAUCACGUCGCUGGCUAUCCUGGUUUUCUACCUGCCGUCCGACUGUGGCGAGAAGAUGACGCUGUGUAUCUCGGUGCUGCUGGCCCUCACUGUGUUCCUGCUGCUGAUAUCCAAGAUAGUGCCACCAACCUCUCUAGCAGUGCCACUCAUCGGUAAAUACUUGAUGUUCACCAUGGUUCUGGUCACUUUCUCCACCGUAAGCACCGUCUGCAACCUCAACGUACACCACCGCUCCCCCUCCACCCACCACAUGCCCGCCUGGGUCAAACGCCUCUUCCUAAUCCAACUGCCCACCUUCCUCUUCAUGAGGCGCCCAGGCUCUUCCACUAUCCGCAACAAACUCCGUCAGAAGUACAUCGACCGAAGCACCGUCAGGAAAAGCCGUUCCCAGAGCUGCACAGAGGCGAAGCAGUACUCCAACAUCCGGCUCGGCGGGAUCCCAACAGACAGUGACUCUAUCUACGUGAACGAGGAAAUGGCCCACAGGUUUUGCUGGGGAGUGGGCGACGCCCCAGAUGGGGGCGGUGGUUUGUCGGACUUGCAGAGGUCUUUGGAUGGUCAAUGUGAUGCAGAUCUGGAGGAAGCAGUGGAUGGAGUGAGAUACAUCUCUGAACAUAUGAAGACAGAGGACUAUGAUGAAGGGAUCAUUGAGGACUGGAAGUACGUUGGCAUGGUGAUAGACCGUCUGUUCCUCUGGAUCUUCAUCUUGGUGUGUGUGGUGGGAACACUGGGGCUCUUCAUGCAGCCGCUGUUCCAGAGCUACAACACGCCCACUGCUGACGACACUGAGUGA